AUAUUUAGUGCUCACGCCGCGGACCCGCUCCCAGGUGCUGCACCUGAACCUCCGCAGAGGAUGAUCUGACCACAGAAAAAUAAGAUGAGACUUUUCCCAUUACUUCAACACUAUUAUUAUAUCAAUCUCCUCGACAGACUCCGCACUCACUUGUAUUUAGUCAUCUGCACAUACCUGCAACCGCAAGCUUAUCCUCCGACUGGUCACUCGCCUGCCUGGCUCCGGCUCCAUUGUGCCAUAGUCCCUUUCCGUUCAACGUUUCCGGCGAUACGAAACAACGGCGUGCGACGAUACCAAUUGCUCGAUUUACAUUGUUUUAUUUCGAUUUUGGACUUAACAACACAGUUCUCAGAAACACCAGGUGACAAAAAAUAGAGCUGAUUGUGGUGGUGGCCGCACGUCUAGCUUCUCGACAACACCGGAAGACAUUGGCAAUUACCGACUGUUCAUUGUGCUAGGCGCAGGCAUAGAUGCUAAGUGCCUGCAACGGGGAUGAGAGCGGCAUCAUGGACGGGCUCACCCUCCAUCAAGGGCCGGUCGGAAGCGACGAGGAUGGCGCUGUUGACAUUCAGUCUCACGGGAGUCGCAUUUACCUGGGGCGUUGAGAUGUCAUAUUGCACUCCAUACCUUCUUCAACUCGGGUUAACGAAAUCGCGAACCUCGUUAGUCUGGGUUGCAGGGCCGCUAUCCGGUCUGAUCAUGCAACCUCUCAUCGGCGUAAUCGCUGACCGCUCGCGUUCGAGAUGGGGAAGGAGACGGCCGUUUAUGAUUGGUGGAUCGAUGAUUGUUGCGUUUUGUCUGCUGCUGCUUGGCUGGACAUCGGAGUUAGUUGGAUCGUUUGCACAGGAUGUUGAGAAGAGGAGAAAUGCCACAAUCGCAGUUGCAGUUCUGGCUAUUUAUGGGGUUGAUUUUGCGAUCAAUGCUGUACAAGCCUGCUGUCGCAGUCUUAUCGUCGAUACGCUGCCUAUUUCUCAGCAGCAAUUAGGCUCUGCAUGGGCCAACCGAAUGCAGGCUAUAGGCUCUUUGAUUGGUUAUAUAGUCGGAUCCAUAGACAUGGUCACCACAUUCGGAACACGGUUCGGUGAUACUCAGUUCAAACAAAUGACACUUGUCGCAGCGCUAUUCUUGAUUGUGUGUGUUUUAAUCACAUGCUACUCAGUGACUGAAAGAGUAUUGGUUUCAGCAAGAGGCUCCGAAGGCAAAAAUGGCUUUUUUCAAGUACUCUCGCAACUCUACAAAACCACGAUGGAUAUCCCGCCUCGCAUACAGGCGAUCUGCUGGGUACAGUUCUGGUCAUGGAUCGGCUGGUUCCCAUUCCUUUUUUAUAGCACUACCUGGGUUGGAGAGACAUACUUCCGCUAUGAGAAUCCCGAGUCGGCGGCUAAAUCCUCAGACACGCUUGGUGAUGUCGGCCGAUUGGGCAGUUUAUCGCUGGUGAUCUUCUCUUCAGUCACCUUUCUCAGCUCGGUCCUUUUACCCUUUGGCGUUCGAUCUCCCGACAGCAACAGCAAAAGAGCCAACUUCACCGCACGUCCUCCCCCAGGAGUCGCCGCACUAUUGCGUCGAUUCAAAAGGAUACGUCCUAGUUUAGCAACAACCUGGCUUAUCUCCCAUCUGUUAUUUGCAGCAACCAUGGUUUUCGCCCCAAUGGCGCGAUCUUUGCGAUUUGCGACGUUCCUCGUCUCUGUGUCUGGUAUUCCAUGGGCCAUAUCCGGUUGGGCACCCUUCGCCUUUAUGGGAGUUGAGAUCAACCGUCUGGCGAUGGAACCACCAUCAAACCCCCGACCUACCGCAUCAAUGAUUACAUCGGCAUCGUUCCGCACGCAUGGAUACCAACCGGUGGACAGCCUUGAUCGCGAUGUUGAAAUGGACGUCCUUCGACUGAACCACCGUGGAGACGACGACAGUGACGAUGAGUCCGUCACUGAAGGCCCAUCCACCGGCGAACUUGCGGGUAUUUAUCUCGGCGUUCUAAACGUCUACACCACACUCCCCCAAUUCGUCGGCACAUUCAUCAGCUGGAUUGUCUUCAGUCUCCUUGAACCCGCCAUCCCAACCCCCGGCGACCUAUCCCAACCAGAAACAAACAGGGACACGAACGCGCGUGACAACGGAUGGAUUAAUUUAGACACAAACGCACCAAACGCUAUCGCUGUGUGUCUAUUCAUUGGCGCGCUUAGUGCGCUAGUUGCUGCAGAAGCCACUCGGCGCUUCAGAAAGUUGCGAUAGAGUGGCUUUUUUAUUUUACUUUGCGGGGUGGGUUUGAGCUCGAGGUAUAUGAUUCUCACGAUUUUUGUCUUCGUUUUAUCAAGUGAGCGUAUUUAAGUAUAUGUUGGUGGACAACAUUGGAGGCGUGUGGUGUUGAUACCCAUUUGUCUAGAGCAGGUGAUAUAUCCAUGUAAUAAUGUAUAUUCAAGCCAUAUGCAUAUAAAUAUGAUAUUUUGUAACAUUUGAA